AUGGACACAUCUCCUGCCCUGUUCCUGCUGCUCACCCUGGGAUUCUGCUGCCCUGGGAUCUAUGGCCAGUCACUUCAGAUCAAGCUCAGGUCUCCCAAGGACAUCAGCCAGCUCCGGGUGGGACAGAAGCUGGAGCUGGAGUGUCACACUGACAGGAACCAUGGGGCAUCCUGGAUCCGCCAGGACAGCAGUGGGAGCCUUCACUUCAUUGUCUUCAUCAGCUCCGUGUCUCGGGCCACGUUUCAAGGGGGUCAGAGAACAUCCACUCGCUUUGAGGCGAGCAAAGACAGCUCGAUCCAUCGGCUGGCAGUGAAAUCUUUCACACCACAGGACCAGGGGAGCUAUUUCUGCGUGAUGAAUCUCAACCAAAUGCUGCACUUCAGCCCUGGCCAGCGUGCCUUCCUCCCAGACAGCAGAAUGCAGGAAGACCUGGAUUCCUCCUGUCUCACCUUCCUCUGUGUCACCUUGGCAGGCCUUUGUCUCCUGCUCCUGGCCACCACCAUCGUGCUGUAUCAACUUAAGGUCGCACCUAUGCCCUCUAGGUGCACCUGAGGCCUGAAACCACAGCCCUGUCCCUGAGAAUGUGCUGGCUGCUUUGGGAAGUGUGGGA